AUGCUCGAGGACGAAGAAGCCGUCGACUAUGGUGAAGACGAGCUCAAUGCUCCCGUCACGGCUCAGGACGAGGUGAGCCUCAUGCUCGACGAUGUUGCCACUCCCUUCGAAGACUCUGCCGCAGAAAUGCCUGGAGAGGACGCUGUAGCAGAACAAGCGACAUCUGUAGCAGUCGACGCUAUUGCAACGGACCUAGACUCUCAGGUCGAAGAGACUGCCACCCACGAAGCAGCUGAAGAGGUACGGGUCGAAGCACAAGCCGAGCCCGCUGCGUCCCUGUCGUCAAACGACGCGAAAGAGGAUAUGAACGAGGGCGACGCAGCAGCUUCCCCCUCCUCCACUGCUGCUGUUGAUGCAGAACCGGGACGCAAAUACUCAGAAGGUCGCAAUCGAGACGACGGCGACGAUGAUUUAGCUCCUGGAUGGAGACCCAUCAGGUCGCGCUCUGGCGGCGAGGUCUACUACUACAACGAGCGGACGGGCGAAAGCAGCUGGGUCAAGCCAACCGUUGCCAACAACUCUCGCAACAAGGCGAUGCGUCAAGACUCCAGAUCCCCAUCCGAUGCCAAGGCGACUUCUGCUACCAACUCCGAUCAGCCGCGGAAGAAAAAGAAAAAGAAGAGCAAGCGCGCUAGGGACGCUGCCAAGGCCGUCGAGGCGGCGGCUGCAGGAGGAAGACCACAGCAGCAGCUCCAGCAAUCUUCGCAACGAGGACGUGCCGGCCGCGAUGCGGAUGAGAAUGGCUCGAAGCAAAACAAGCAGGACCUGGGACGCAAGCAGCAAGACGCAUCAAAGGCAAAUGAGACAGCAGGCCAGAGUGAACAGGGGUUCAGCAUUAAGGGCGCAGCGCAGCGUCAAACCGAGCCUCGCGAUUCCAACCCAUCUAAAGACGGCGCUUCUAAACAGCAGGGUGUCCAGCGAUCAAACGAAUCCCAGCAGAGGCCAUCAGAAUCUAACGGCAAACGCAAGAGGGGCAAUGCCGGCUCCGGCGCCGGCGCCACGCACGAAAAUGGCAGAGGCCGAUCUAACGGCCCAUCAGACCCAAAUACAUCGUCGAUGACCGCGUCCAACGCCAAAUCAAACGCCACGACGACCGAUGCGAAACGACAGCGAACCGACCGAGAAGAUCGUGGGGGAAAAGGAGAAGCUGCCACCCCACGAUCCGCUUCCAAUUGGUCGGACGAUCCACCGCGUGAUCGAAGAACGGGCGAUAGCUGGCGCCCCUCAGGCGACGGUGCUAGAGCGGCAUCGUCGCGACAUGCCGACGACGCACGAUGGAGCGACCGACGCGAUGCGGCUUCUUCGCGCGAUCAUCCGCGUGAUCAGCGCGAUGGAGCGGCCGCCUCCGACCGACGACGCGACGCCGACGCAAGAGACCGGGAACGCGAUCGUCGGGAUGAUCGUCGGGACAGUGGUCGUGAACGAGAACGUGAGCGUGGCCAAGAACAUCGUUCACAACCUCGUAAAGAUGCGCCCAGAACAACAUCGGACAGCAAAGGCAACAAAAACGAUGGAAGAAACGGAAGCACCAGUCGGAACGAUAGGAGCCCAAGGGAUGGCCAAGCUUCGCAGCAGCAACAAAGGCAACGCGGACCGAAAGGACAGCCGAACGACAUCAGCUCGAUCAAUUCGACCAACUCGCAGAACAAGCGGCAGUGGGGAGGUGCGGGAGCGCCUUCGGCUUGA